CAUAACAUAUAUAAACGAGAGGCCAAGAAACAUACUCUCAAACACAGAUAAACCUCUCUCCCUUUCUUCUCUCUUCCACCAUGCUAGUUUCAAAGUUCACUUCUUCUCCUUAUUCUCAUUUCUUCAAUCUCUCUUCUUUCUCCAAACUCACAUCACCAUCUUCAUCUUCUCUUCUUUUUCAUAGUCAUCACCAUGUUCAUCACCCAUCUAAACAAACUUCAAAAACUACAAACUUCACCAUCAAAGCUUACAUGGAGAAUCCAAACUCCUUUUCAAGUAUAGUAAACAAAGUCAUUGGUUCUCUUCCUGUUGUUGGUCUCUUAGCUAGAAUCAUGAGUGAUGAAGGUGGUGUUGGUAAUGAUCUUGUUGAUUUUGCUGAGUUUAGAAGAAGGGUUGGUAAUAAUUGUUCUCCUAGUGAUUCAACUUCUUUUUAUCAGUUCCAAUCUCGAAAAGGAAAGACAGGGGAUCCUAUCUAUGUUCUGUUAUGUUGUUGGCUUGCAGCUGUUGGUGCAGGUCUACUUAAAACUGAGGAGAUUUUGGAAGGAGUCGCGAGGCUUCGAAUCUCGGACGAUGUUGAGUUUGAAGAACAGACUUUCAUUGCCAUGAUGGAAGAAGCAAGAGAGAGAAGAGCGAAACUAAAGGGUGCACCUCCUGCGGUACCAAUGGAGGUUCGAGUUGAGAAGGCGCUUGAUGCUAUCUAUGUAUGUUGCUUUGGAAAGGAUCCUAUAGAGAUUGAAGAUGAAAGAUUACUAAGUACAAUACUUUGUUCUGUUUUUCCAUCAGUUCCAAAACAAGAGAUUCGACGCAUGGUUACAGAAAUGGCACAGAAAGUAGAAGAUGGAGGCAUGGAUUAUAUUCCAGAUGCCAAACCUCUAUCAAAAGAAGCUGUUGAACUGCAAAUGAAAGACCUUAACUUUCUUAAACAAAAUAGUGACACUAUGUGAAGCAUGUGUUGUUUUUGACAUAUAAUACAUUGAAUGAAAUUAUAUUUCCAAGAUCAAAGUGUGUUAGCCUUUUGGCUACUCAUAGGGGAGAAAAUGACAGUGAUGCUAGAUUUUGUUCUCUUGCUACAGAUAUUAUACCUAUUGAAAGGUGGGAAUGUAGGAACACGAGUGUGUAAAACAAAGCUUGAAAAUAGUAUCUCAAAUGUAAUUUAUUUACAGGACAAUCAAGUGAUCCAGUUUUUCCUUCA